AUGAAACAUCUUUCUUUCUUUUUCUUUCUUUCUUUCUUCUUCUUCUUCUUCUUGUUUUCCACUUCUUUUUCUUCUUUUUUCCUAUUCUUUUUUCUUCUUCUUUUUACCUUCCUUUUCUUUUUUCCUUCUUCUUCAUCGUUCUUCCUUUUUCCUCUUCUUUCUUUUUUUCUACUUUUUCCUCUUCUCUUUCUUCUUGUGUUUUCUUCUUUUUACCAUUUCUUUUUUUACUUUUUCCACAUCUUUUCUUUUUCUUCUUCUUCUUUUUUUUCUUCUUUUUCUUCUUCUUCUUCUUCUUUUUCUUCUUCUUCUUCUUCUUCUUCUUCUUCUUCCAUUUCCUCCUUCUUUUUUCCUCUUCUUAUUUUUAUUCUUCUUAGUUUUUCUCUUCUUUUUUCUUUUUUAUACUCCUUCUUUUUUCAUCUUUUUCUUCUUCAUGUUCUUUUUCUUCUUGUUCCUCUUCUUUUUUCUUCUUUUUCUUUUUCCUCUUCUUCUUUUGUUCAUUCUUUUUCUUCUUCUCCUUUUUCAUCCAUCUUCUUCUUCUUCUUUUUCUAUUCUUCCUUUUUCUUCUUCUUUUUUCUUCUUUCUCCUUCGUCUUCUUGUUUUCUUCUUCGUCUUACUUUUUCUUCGUUUUUGCUUCUUUUCUUCUUCUUCCUAUUUUUCCUCUUCUUCCUUUUUCCUUCUUUUUUCUUCUUUUUCUUCUUCUUUUCUUUUCCCUCUUUUUUAAAAAUUUUUGCUUUUCUUCAUCUUAUCUAUCUAUCUAUCUAUCUAUCUAUCUAUCUAUCUAUCUCUAGCUCUGCAUAUCUAAAUCACUGUGCUUCUUUAUCUAUCUAUCUAUCUAUCUAUCUAUCUAUCUAUCUAUCUAUCUAUCUAUCUAUCUCUAGCUCUGCAUAUCUAAAUCACUGUGCUUUAUCUAUCUAUCUAUCUAUCUAUCUAUCUAUCUAUCUAUCUAUCUCUAGUAUUGAUCUAUCAAUUUCUAGCUCUGCAUAUCUAAAUCACUGUGCUUCUUUAUCUAUCUAUCUAUCUAUCUAUCUAUCUAUCUAUCUAUCUAUCUAUCUCUACAAAGUCUCUAUAUAUCUAUAUAUUUAUCUAUCCGAAUCUGUUAUAUCAUUCAAUAUUCAUAUUUCAGGCUCUGCAUAUCUAAAUCACUGUGCUUCUUUAUCUAUCUAUCUAUCUAUCUAUCUAUCUAUCUAUCUAUCUAUCUAUCUAUCUAUCUAUCUCUACAAAGUCUCUAUAUAUCUAUAUAUUUAUCUAUCCGAAUCUGUUAUAUCAUUCAAUAUUCAUAUUUCAUGCUCUGCAUAUCUAAAUCACUGUGCUUCUUUAUCUAUCUAUCUAUCUAUCUAUCUAUCUAUCUAUCUAUCUAUCUAUCUAUCGCUCUGCAUAUCUAAAUCACUGUGCUUAUCUAUCUAUCUAUCUAUCUAUCUAUCUAUCUAUCUAUCUAUCUAUCUAUCUAUCUAUCUAUCUCAGUCUGUUCUUUAUCUAUCUAUCUAUCUAUCUAUCUAUCUAUCUAUCUAUCUAUCUAUCUAUCUAUCUCAAUCUGUUCUUUAUCUAUCUAUCUAUCUAUCUAUCUAUCUAUCUAUCUAUCUAUGUUCUAGUGCUUUUCAUAUCAGUGUGCUUGUUUAUCUAUCUAUCUAUCUAUCUAUCUAUCUAUCUAUCUAUCUAUCUAUCUAUCUAUCUUUGUUCGUGUGUAUCUCAUUGUGA